AUGGCAACUGCCAGCAGUGAGGUGCACCAUCCUGUAGAUCCUGGAAUCUCAAAGCUGCAGUUUGCUCCCUUCAGUAGUGCCUUGGAUGCAGGAUUCUGGCACGAACUAACCCAGAAGAAACUCAAUGAAUACCGAUUGGAUGAGACCCCAAAAGUUGUCAAAGGAUACUACUACAAUGGUGAUCCUUUGGGUUUGCCAGCUCGCUUGACAUUGGAGUUUAGUGCCUUUGAUAUGAAUGCUUCAAUACCAGCACGUUGCUGUCCUGCUUUUGGAACAUUGUAUAACACCAACACUUUUGAGACUUUCAAAUCCUGUGAUAAGAAAUCACUUCUGGAAAAAGAAGCAAAUGAGAUAUGGGAAUCAAUAAAAUCUGGAGCUGCUCUUGAAAACCCUAUGCUAUUGAACAGGUUCCUGCUGCUGACGUUCGCAGAUUUAAAAAAGUAUCAUUUCUAUUACUGGUUUUGCUACCCUGCUCUCUGCUUCCCUGAUGGAAUACAUAUAAUUCAGAAACCAGUGUGUCUUGGUGACAGAUUCCCAUUAAAUCAGAUUCAAGCACUUCAGAAAGCAUAUGAUGAACUUUGCCAGAAGGAGGGAGUUACAGCCUUGCCUUAUUUUUUAAUCAAGUAUCAUGACAAUUCUGUCAUGAUAUCUCUCCUGAAAAAGUGGGAUGGUUUCUUCCAAGACCAAGGGGGAAAGGUGACAGUUGGAGUUUAUGAUCCAUGUAAUUUGUCCCACUAUCCAGGAUGGCCACUGAGAAAUUUCCUGAUCCUGGCAGCCCACAAAUGGGGCAGCAUUCUCCAGUCAGUUGAAGUGCUCUGCUUCAGAGAUAGGACCAUGCAAGGGGUGAGAGACAUAACACACAGCAUUAUCUUUGAAAUAAAACUUCCAGAGAGAGCCCUUGGCCCAGAUUGUCCAAAAGCUGUUGGAUGGGAGAAAAACCAAAAGGGAGGCAUGGGUCCAAGGAUGGUGAAUCUUAGUGAAUGCAUGGAUCCAAAAAGGUUAGCAGAAUCAUCAGUGGAUCUUAAUUUGAAAUUGAUGUGCUGGCGGUUGGUGCCUACUCUUGAUUUGGAAAAAAUUGUGUCUGCCAAGUGUCUGCUGCUAGGAGCUGGUACACUGGGUUGUAGUGUUGCAAGGACCUUGAUGGGUUGGGGAGUCAGGAAGAUUACAUUUGUGGACAAUGCAAAGAUCUCCUACUCCAACCCAGUACGACAGCCACUGUAUGAGUUUGAAGACUGUCUUAGUGGGGGGAAGCCUAAGGCACUUGCAGCAGCAGACAGGCUACAGAAGAUCUUCCCAGGAGUGAGUUCAGAAGGCUAUAACAUGAGCAUCCCUAUGCCAGGCCACCCAGUGAAUUUUUCUGAAGUAACAAUGGCACAGGCUCGGAAGGACGUGGCUAAACUGGAAGAGCUUGUUGAUGCUCAUGAUGUUGUUUUCCUGCUAAUGGACACUAGAGAGAGUCGAUGGCUUCCUGCUGUCAUUGCAGCCAGCAAGAGGAAGUUGGUCAUCAAUGCUGCAUUGGGAUUUGACACAUUUGUUGUUAUGAGACACGGACUAAAGAAACCAAAACAGCAAGAAUGUAGUGAUUCAUGUUUCAACAAUGCCUCUGGUUCUUCUGAUCUUUUGGGAUCAUCACUCUUUUCAAAUAUCCCUGGCUAUAAACUGGGUUGCUACUUCUGCAAUGAUGUUGUGGCACCAGGGGAUUCCACCAGGGAUCGGACGUUGGAUCAGCAGUGCACGGUCAGUCGACCUGGACUAGCCAUGGUAGCUGGAGCGCUUGCAGUGGAAUUAAUGGUUUCUGUUUUACAGCAUCCAGAAGGUGGUUAUGCUGUGGCCAGCAGCAGUGAUGAUAGAAUGAAUGAGCCGCCUACUUCUCUUGGACUUGUUCCUCAUCAGAUCCGUGGAUUUUUAUCAAGAUUUGAUAAUGUUCUUCCAGUUAGCCUGGCAUUUGAUAAGUGCACAGCCUGUUCAACCAAAGUCCUUGACCAGUAUGAACGAGAAGGGUUUAAUUUCCUAGCUAAAGUUUUUAAUUCUUCGCAUUCCUUCUUAGAAGACUUGACAGGUCUGACUUUAUUACAUCAGGAGACACAGGCUGCUGAGAUCUGGGACAUGAGUGAUGAUGAAACAGUCUGAAAAUCAGCUGAAUAAGGUGGAAGAUGACCUACUUUGGACUGCAGCGCUGCCUUUUAUCUGUUAUUUGACAAGUUAAUGAUUGCUUACCCAUUCUGACUGCUACAAAUACAAACAAAUAUAAUCCACAUUUUGACAUUAAUAUCUUCACCUUAAAAGCAGUCUGUUAUGGAUAUAACUCUCCACAUUUUCAUUUUUAUUAUGUAAAUAACUAAAGCAAUGUGGUUAUGUUUAAACCUCAUCUUCUUUUUUUUUUCUUUUUUUUUUUUAGUUUCUAAAUAUGGCUUACAUAUAAAAUAUGCUGGUUA